AUGACCAAAAUCCUACGAGUUGACGACAAGAAAGAAUGCGGCGCUGACAAACAAUACUACGAAUGUAGUUACUUUAAUUUCAAAUACGUCGGUUGUUGUACUCACGAUCCAUGCAUCAAGCCUCGCGGCUGUCUCGACGACCCCGUCACCUCGGAACCCGGGUCAUGGUUAACCAGUGACAUGUCUGAUACCGAGACCACUACACGCGGGAGAUCUAUUACCGUACUUAGCGAUAUGGGAACUUCUGUUUCCAGGUUCUUUAUUUCAGAAGUUCCUGAUACCAAAACCACUCUUGAGACUCGAAGAAGACCCAGUGUUUCCAUCACCAUGUCCGAAGACGAGGAGUCAUCUUCACUUGCAAGCCGCACAUUAUUUCCCACGACUAUGACCGACUCAGGCACUACUCGCACAGUUUCAAACCCCCAUCGCGUUACAGUCACCAACAAAAAAACCAUAUAUACCAGCCUGGGGCCUUCGACACCCAGCGGCUUCCUGACUUCGGUGACCUCAGCCGGUACGGAUCAAUUGCCGUUCCCUACCGGAUCCUUUGAGAGCACAUCUGUCUCUUUGCCUACUGAGACGGGUACCCCGAGUGCUUAUCUCGGGGAGAACAGCAAGAAUGGAUCGCCUUCAAUCGGGCUUGUUGUUGGUGCUGCCAUCGGCGGUGUCACUUUCCUAGGCCUGAUUGUCGGUGCAGUGAUUUACAUACGUCGUCGGAGGGCCAAGAACAUCGAGUUCCCUAACACUCCCUACUACCUAGAAGAAAAGGGGGAGAAGAGCUAUCUCAGCAGGAUAUUGUCACGCAAGAGCACUCGCAGGAGCCAGGACCCCUUUGCGCCGUUUGGAGGCCGUAUCGACAGAGUAGACAACCACCUCCAGCCCCCCAGUGGCACUUUUGAGAUGGAUGGCACUGACAAUGUUGUGCAUGAGCUUCCUGCCGUCACUUAUGACGACGGUAACGAGAAGGAGUCUCACCCGGGAAGUCGCGCGGCAGCCAAUUCGAAUACUGGACACACUGCCGUUUCUGGACAUUCCGCUCAAACUGCAUAUCCCACAGCGACUGGGAGCUGCAUAGACCCUCGUGCCAACCUCAACGCAACCUUGGAGGAUCGUCAACAAAAGCAAUUCGUCAACCACUGGAAUCAAUAUCGAGCUCUAGGAGAAAAUGCGAAUCAACGUCAAUAA